AUGCUAGACCCACGACAAGCGGGCUAUUCAGCCGUUGGGCUUUCCUUAAUCACAUUGUUCAGUCUACUGUUCUACAUCCCCAGUUUUACCGAGAAAAUCGACCGAAUUGACAUGUUUGUGAGUUUUUAGUAAAAUGGUACCAAGAGUACCACUCUGUAACUUUCAAAGUACCAAGAGUACCACUUUGUAAUCAGUGCCAUGCUGUAACAGUACUUCUAACAUACCUUACCUUUCCAGUUAAAAGUCAACAAUGACGAAUUCAAAGUGAUGGCAGACCAAGCCUGGGGAGAACUACUGUCAGCUCGCGCCCUGCCUUUAUCCGAACGCCAAAAGCGUCAAGCCUACGACAAUCUGCCAAAACAAUACCCAUUGCCAAGCACCUACCUCAAGCCAGGAGCCUCCCAAACCUGUACCUGUGCUACUGAGAACAACUGUCCCAGUGGACCACCAGGACCAUCCGGACGACCAGGAGAAGACGGUAUUCCUGGGCUACGUGGUGACCCAGGUACUAUCGGUGAACCGGGAAUAGUACCACCACCAGAAAUCAGAGGCUACGAGACUUGUCGUCGCUGCCCAUCCGGACCCAAAGGACCAUCGGGACCGCCCGGAGAAGGUGGCCCACUCGGCUCGGAAGGACCACAAGGACCUCAGGGUCGGAAAGGAGACGAUGGUCGACCAGGCUACGCCGGCAACGGCGGUGUACCAGGCGAGGCGGGUCCAGCAGGCAAGCCCGGUGAUCAAGGACCACCUGGAUUGGACGGCGUUCGCGGUGAGAAAGGACCAAUUGGACCAAAGGGAGACACAGGACCAUCUGGCCAGAAAGGACCACAAGGCUACCCAGGCUCGGAUGGACAACGUGGUACUGAUGGUUUGCCUGGACCAUCAGGACCAACCGGCCAGAAGGGAGUUCGUGGCCAAGAGGGCCGGCCUGGAGUACAAGGUGCGAUUGGUUCGCCAGGAAAGGAUGCUGAAUAUUGUGCUUGUCCCGAGCGUGGUGCCAAGAAACAGGACUACUCGGCACCAGUUGAGCAGGGAUAUCAACAGAAACAAGGACCAUACAAGAAGGCGGCCAAGAAGAUUUAA